AUGACAUAUAAUAAAUACAACAUAUCCACAGGGAUACAGCCAGAAGGGCAUCUUCACGAUGAUGCGGCAAAAAGAAACCUUUUCAGAAUGAUCGGGGCAAAGAAACAUGUUCAAAAUGACGGCACAAAACAAAAUCCUGAAGCUACCAGGAGAAGGAAGCAUCCUCAUAAAGAAAAUAAGAAACAGGACCCCAGCUUAACCAUGCCGCAAAAAAAGGCCCUCUUCCUAGAGAAAAUCGCACACGAGAGAACAUCUUCAGGACGCCGCGAAAAAGUGUACAUCCUCGUAGAAAAGAUGACACACAGAAGAACAUCUUCACGAUCCCGCGGGAGAAGGGAGCAUCCAUAUAAAACGAAUGACACAAAACAGUAUAUUGAGGCUGCCGCCGGAAAAUAG